CAACUGGAUAUGUCAAUCUUAUUUCAGUAAUUUAAUUUCUCUCUCGCAUUCAUUCCAUAUUCAUUGAAGAGGAUGAUCGUGGUUUUCAUUUGUAUAUUGCAAAAAUACUGUUGACAAAAGUGGUGGAGUGAGUGAAUUGGUGUCUGUGUUGUUAAUAAUAAUCUACUGAAGAAUAUAUUGUGAUUAUAAUCAUGUUUAGUUGGUUGAAAAAAGAAGGGGAGAAGGCGGACAGCAUUGCCAAUGUUGUGGAAGGUCUAAAAAAGAUUUAUAGAACAAAACUUUUACCAUUGGAACAGCAUUACCAAUUUCAUGACUUCCACUCGCCACAACUAGAGGAGCCUGACUUUGAUGCGAAGCCGAUGAUACUCCUCGUAGGUCAAUAUUCGACCGGUAAAACUACGUUUAUCAAAUAUCUCCUAGAGAGAGACUUCCCUGGCAUACGGAUCGGUCCGGAGCCAACAACAGAUAGGUUUAUUGCGGUUAUGUUCGAUGAAAAAGAGGGCGUUAUUCCCGGUAAUGCUCUUGUUGUCGAUCCAAAGAAACAAUUCCGACCGCUGAGUAAAUUUGGUAACGCCUUCUUGAAUCGAUUUCAGUGUUCUACUGUCGCCUCACCGGUACUCCAGGGGAUCUCUAUAGUAGAUACGCCUGGUAUUUUAUCUGGAGAGAAGCAAAGAGUUGAUAGGGGGUAUGAUUUUACUGGCGUGUUGGAAUGGUUCGCUGAGCGUGUUGAUCGUAUCAUUCUAUUGUUCGACGCCCACAAACUCGACAUAUCAGACGAGUUUAGACGGAGUAUUGAAGCUCUGAGGGGCCAUGAUGACAAAAUUAGAAUUGUGCUCAACAAAGCUGAUAUGAUAGAUCAUCAGCAAUUGAUGAGAGUAUAUGGAGCACUCAUGUGGUCCCUAGGAAAAGUCCUUCAAACACCUGAGGUAGCCCGUGUGUAUAUAGGCUCAUUUUGGGACCAACCUCUUCGAUAUGAUGUGAAUAGGAGAUUAUUUGAUGACGAAGAGCAGGACCUCUUCAGAGAUAUGCAAUCCUUACCACGAAAUGCAGCGUUACGUAAAUUAAACGAUCUAAUAAAAAGGGCGCGCCUCGCUAAAGUACAUGCCUACAUAGUUAGUGAGCUGAGGAAAGAAAUGCCAUCCAUGUUUGGUAAGGAUGGUAAGAAGAAAGAGCUCAUAAAGAACUUGGGACAGGUUUAUGAUCGUAUACAGAAAGAACAACAGAUAUCCCCUGGUGAUUUUCCUGACAUUAAGAAGAUGCAAGAAACUUUAGCAAAUCAUGAUUUUACAAAGUUCCAUGCGCUGAAGCCGAGAUUACUUGAGAUAGUGGACAAUAUGCUGGCGACAGAUAUAGCUCAACUUAUGGAAAUGAUUCCACAGGAGGAUGCCAACAUAGUCACAGAACCAUUAAUAAAGGGUGGUGCAUUCGAAGGUGUCGAAGAUCAAAUUUCACCGUUCGGCUAUGGCAGAGGCGAGGGCGUGGACGCUGGACAUGGUGAUCCGGAAUGGAUAUGCAGUAAAGAGAAACCAAGAUACGAUGAAAUAUUCAGAACCCUCAACCCUAUCGAUGGAAAAGUCACCGGAGCUGCGGCUAAGACGGAGAUGGUGAAAUCGAAGCUGCCCAAUUCAGUGCUUGGUAAGAUUUGGAAGCUUUCUGACAUUGACAGCGACGGGUUCCUGGAUGAAGAGGAGUUUGCUCUGGCGAUGCACCUCAUCAGGGUAAAGACCGACGGACACGACCUACCCUCGGAGUUACCAGCGCAUCUCGUGCCUCCAUCGAAGCGCAAUUGAAAUUGACGUCAUCAGAACGGCAUACUAUCACUUCAUAGUUCAUACAAGAUAUAUCAGCGUUGCAGAUUGUCUGAUUUCGGUUUUUGGAAAAAAACAUUGUAGCUCUUGAUAUCUUAUUCUUACAGCGUCUUGCAUUUCUGUUUACAUUUACACGGGUUUAGUAUUUACAGUUUCUACAAACAGGACGGAUUCUUUUAUAUUUGAAGAAUUCCUUUUAAUAAAACGAAGUUAAUUAAAUAAAAGUACUGAGCAAAUUGGCAAACAUAUGAAAAAAAAAACAUUAAGAUAGUUGCCAGUAGCAAAUUUGUUCACCAAAAAGUCCAGAAAAGACAAAAAUGUAAUGUAUUCAACUACUUGUAAACCUAAUUACAUCGAGUUAAAUUCUCAGUACUAAGCCCUUGUAAAUGUAAUGCGCAUUUAUCCAAUGUAUGUGGUCAGCACUUAAUUGCUUUAUUUAUUAAAAGUGUGGAAAUGGCAGAAUUAUUGUAUGACUGAUACGUUUGAAUAUUUCAUAAUCAUUGCAUGUUAUUUUCGAAUACGAACCAUAUUAAAUUAUUUAUUGUUGUGGAGCAAACUUAUGUAAUAAAGAAUAAAAGUAAGAGUACCGCUUAGUAGGUCACACUGUAGACGUCUAUGGCCUUAUAUAACCAGUUGCUUGAAUGGCUAUUACUGAUUUUUACGAUGACGUUUCUUGUCUAUGAUUAAAAAAGUAGUUACAUAUUUUUUUUUAUAUUGAAUUUGUUCUAAUUUUAAAUUAAAUUUGAAUGCGAUACUCGAUCGUUCAUGUGCUGCUUCGAGGCUUGUCGAGUUAAAUAUAAGAAAUACGAUUACAAAGGAGCAAAGUUCCUUUGACUGAUUAUAAUUAUAAUACCUUUAAUAUGGGCAUAAUAAAGAAAAUUAAUUGCAGUUUUUUGUUUUAAAUUGCAUAUAGAGAGUCCAAAAGAGCUUCAGUGCAGUUAAGUCAAUAAACAAACUCAGGCUUUAGUAAUUUAAGUUAUAAUUCCAUAAAAAUGACAUACGAUGUCAUAUAUACUUAGCUUAGUUGAGAUAUUUUAAUACAUUAUGCGUACGCGUUCUUGUGAUUUCAGUAAACUGUCAUACAUGGGCUCACUCUAUUUGUCACUAUGUCUGUCCAUUAAUCUUAGUUGUUUUCUAAAUAUACGUGUAUUAAUUACUGAAGAAAGGCCUCUCUGCCUGUCGUUCUAUAUUUUAAAUCCAAAAAUGUGUUUGUCUGUCAUACUUUCGAGCUUUAACUACUUAACCUAUCAUUAUGUUUUGAAUUACAAAGGACACUCUACUUUUUAUAUUGGUAAAGCGGAGAGCAUGUAAUGCGUACA